UUUUUUGUGUAGCACUUUCACGGUCUUCCCUGUGUGUUGCUGACAGUGCGCACAGUGCGCUCCCUCUGUCCUGCCGCUGUCUGUUUAAGCACCUUGGAGAACUCCGCUCCACAGCGCUGCGCAACGCGCAUGUUGAAUCCGGACCGUGCGUAAACUUACGUCAAAUCCGGAAGAGCCAAAAUGCUGCACUGGCUGGGCUACAUUGUCUUCACCCUUUGUUUAUGAUACAUGCAUUGGCUGUUAACUUUCGGGGUUUGCCUGCGUCGUUUUAUAAACUGGAAUCCUCUUUCCUCGCUGGAGGGGAUCGGAGGUGUGAUGGAGGCUGCAGGGGAGAUUUAGAGGGAUGCUUCAUGUUCAUCCUUUGCCUGAUCGGGUUUCACUGGACUGGCCGAGGCGAAUGCCACUCAAUACUCCCUGCGUUCAUGGGUCGCGGUAUAAACAGCAUGGCCAUCGCACAUUCCAGCUGUUCUAAAUAUAUCUAUUAAGGCCACAGGAGGGGGAGGACUGGUGUAGGGGGGGUUUAUCCUGGGACAUUUCACUGUCGUGGUGGACACGCACCACUUGAAUUAUCUUCCAGGAGAUUUGACAAUCGUUUUUUGAAACCAUAGAGGAGGAUCUGGCCCUAUCCAAACAUGCCUUCGAGUUACAAUGUAAGAUCCAGGGCGCGGGAGAGAAACAGCGUCCUGAGCAGACCUGAGUUCAUGUCACUGAAUCAGCCCCUGCGCGGCGGCGCAGGCGGCGCUGGCCCAUCGGAGAGCCGCGGCAACGCAAAGCGACCGGGUCAAAUCAAGCACCAAACAAGCCAACCAAGUGAAGAACCUACCGACAGCGGCAGCAAGGACAGGAGAGAGCCCGGCAAAAUGCCAGAGGAAGACUGUAUGCAGCUGAACCCUUCAUUCAAGGGAAUAGCGAUGAACUCCCUCCUCGCCAUUGACAUCUGUCUGUCCAAGCGCAUGGGGGUGUGCGCCUACACGUCGUCCUCCUGGGGAGGCUGCCGCUCCAUGGUCGCCCUGUUGGCCCUCACAGGGCACGGCAUCACGUGGAUCAUCGGUACUAUUGUGUGUCUCACAAGGAGUAACACUCUAGCUGGGCAAGAGGUCCUGGUCAACCUGCUGCUUGCCCUCAUUCUUGAUGUCAUGACUGUGGCCGGAGUCCAGAGACUGGUGAAGCGCAAGGGACCAUGGGAGAUGACGCCGGGCUUCUUAGACAGCGUCGCUAUGGACAUCUACUCCUUUCCUGCUGCUCACGCCAGCAGGGCCGCCAUGGUCUCAAAGUUCCUGCUGUCUCACCUGGUCCUGGCUGUGCCGCUUCGCAUUCUGCUGGUGCUGUGGGCCUUCCUGGUGGGCAUAUCCCGGGUGCUGCUGGGGAAACACCACCUAACUGAUAUGGUGUGUGGCUUUGCACUGGGCAUGCUCCACUUUAGCUUGAUGGAGUCGGUGUGGCUCUCAUCAAGCACCUGCCAGACUAUUAUUUCCAUAAGCACGCUCAGCUGGAGCCCCUUUUUCUGAGCUUUUGAUACACAGCGAAGCUAGCACACAAGGCUUAUUUGAUACAAUAACCUUGCAAUGUCAGGGUCUUGUGAAGUUAUUUUUGCAAGGGUCCGAAGUUCUUAACGCGGGGUUUGAACUAGAGAAGCAUUCAUAUUUGGAAUCAGAUGUUGGCUUGCAUGUUAUGCCAAAGACAGGCAGGUCACAAGACCUUCAUAAUGCUUCACAAAUCCUAGUUAGUCAAAUCUACUAACACACACCUCUACUGCUCUUUCAUUUCAGUUUACAACUAAAAAAAAGGAAAAUCAAGAUCAAACUGACAAUGAUUUGGUGAAAAUGUACAUGUAAGCUUAAGAUUUUUGAUGUUAGAUUUUUGUUUCUCAUACAGUAUGAACGCUGGUACCAUUCAUCCAUAACUGAACCGACUAAUUCUCUCUUGAUUCUGUGUGCCUCUUUCGCUUUACUAUCUAUUUUUACUUCCUCCUUCUUAGUAACCUCUUCCUCUUUUCUCAUUUUUUUUUUUAAAUAUUUGUGCUUUUAGUUUGGGGUAGAUGAAACACUUAAACCUUGUUGAACACUGAAUAGAGUUUGGUGUAAGGCUAUAACAUUGGAUGUAACGUUAAAAUAUAUAAAGUGACUGUUGUUUGGAUAUUCCACAUUUUUCCUAAUUGGCAUGACUAAUAAUAUGUUUGUAUAUUUCUGAUGGAAUUCUGUUGUUUUUACUGUAUGUUUAUCAAAUAUGAACUUAUUUUUGAUGCCACUGAAUUUAAUAUUUUUCUUACGGGGUCAAAUAUAAAUUCCUUCAAUGUGCCAUUAAAGCUUUCAUGGGUUCUUUUUUAUUUUUUAUAGCAGAUAUUUCUCUUCAGUUCUUUCAUUUUAGGCUGCUGCAGUCCGCACAUUCGAGCUAACAGAUGCUUAUGGUUUGUCAGUGAUACUGAUUUUGUGCCCCAUAAAAUAACUGAAGCGUGUGUGUGUAACUUUGUGUGUGGGUGUGUGAUUGUUGGCAUACAAACAAAAAAUAUCUGUCACAAAUAUCGCGUUUCAAUAAAUGAUUACCUUUCUUUUCUGGAUGUUUUUUAUGGACCUAUGAAUGGAACCUGCUGUUUUUUCUUUAGUGGCUAACAUAUUUCAGUACAUUGGUUUGGUGUGUAAAUACAGUUUUGUGUACAUUAGUUUGUUCUGUACAGGGAUCUGUAUAUCAUGUUUUUACUUUGUUUCUCCAUCUCAUUAAUAAAACGAGGUGGGCUGUCAGUAAAAU